CAACAAACUCUUCAGACUUUGUCAAAGGUGCUCAGAGCUGGCGCCCUUAGCUCAACCAGGAGCUGGGCUUGUUCGCCUUGCGUGCCUGGGAUUGUCUGAUUGGGCGCUUCGAAAAAGUGAGCGCUUCGUGGCUAUUGUCAGGUUCCUUCUUGCGAUACAUGAAAGUUACAAUUGUGUCUCUGGCAUUGGCCCAAGCUACAAAUACUACUACAAUGCAAGGAGCCAAAGAAACAUUGCUGAAGAUGUCGGCUUGCCUCUAACAGUGGCGCAACUUUCACACUGUGAACAAAUGAGUUUGGGGAUGGUGGCAGCACAGUGGUACUUGAAUCAUGCUCCUUCCAUACAUUUCGAAGUGGCUGAGAGCACAUCAAGAUAAAUUCUGAUCCUCUUAAGUGUCCUCGCUGGACUGGUUCAAAGGAGUUGCACAUGUAACUUGGACUGGGGCAGAGUGUAACGAAAUGCUGGUUGAUUACUUCAGAGCGUAUACUGACAGCCCAAGCAAUGCCACAAAGUGAGUGAUUAGGAAGUGCACUUGGGUUUUUGGACGGAGAGGACUCUAAACGAAGUCUGAUCACGCCUCUAGUUACGAUGGACAACAAACUCGUAGGCUACCUUCUGCUAGUCCUGAAAGCGAAAGAGAACUUGCCCCGGCGCAGCCUCAUAGGGCAAUUGUGUGCCAUUCAUGGAAAGGGCCGCCAAACAGUGCUCAAAACGGAGAGCGGAGUGGCGCUGGUUCCAUUGACUGAGGAGUGCGAGCAAGAGGAAAGAAGCGCGGAUCAGAAUGUAGCAGAGGUGCCCCUGGAGGAACUAGGUGCGGAUGGGAUUAGUGCCGAGGUGUUGGGGUCCGCUGCUGGGGGCCUGGCAGAGGGGCAUUUGUCCCCCUCUAAAAGAAAGCACCCUGGGAACAAGCAGGGCAGUGCAAAGAAAACGAAAUUGGAAGGAGCGAAGAGUCCUCGAUCAGUUGGGGGCGUGGGCAAGAAGAAGAAGGAAGGACAGGCAAAGAGUGGGACAAAACCCCCCCAGAAGGAGGGCCUGCUGCAGCACAUCCACUCGCUGGCGGCCAAGGAGCGCCUCCACAUCCCCGCCUGCGUGGCCGAGGUUCUGGACGUUCCCGUCACCAAUGGGAGUGUGCCACUUGUCCUCGUCUGCAUUGACGUCUACGUCCCUGUUGACAUAUGGGCGGGCAGGAGAGAUUGGCGGGGUGGAGUUUCGGCCAUCGCCGUGCUGAGUCACCUGCGGUGUGAUUGGGAGGCACGGGUGCAGGUGCUAGAAGCGAUGGAAAGGGUGGUGGAAGGUGGUGUGAAUGCACCCCUGAACGGGGUGGGAACGGGCUCCAAGACUGUGGAACUAGGCGCGGAGACAGAAAAGCAUGAGGAUAGGGCAAGAGUGAAGGGAAAGUGGAAAGUAGACAGUUGGAGUGAACUAGAGUCUGUUAGGCCAAACCUGUUGAACAAACCCGCUGGCGCCCUGAUUAUCAGAGAACCAGGCACUAACCCUGAGCCUAACCCUGCGCCAACCCAACCCGACCCAACCCUGGCAGACGCCCCUUCGCUCACUGAGGCUCUCUGCGGAGACUCCCUCUCUCUAGAAGGGGUACAGGAACUUGUCGGAGCGUGCCAAUCCUUGGGUUGCCAGUUGCACCCAUCCCCCCCCCGAGACGAAGAAAAGCGCGGUCGCUUCCAAGACGAGAAACGGGCGCGCUUCAACCUUCCUACCCUCUUCCGCUCCCUCCCAAGCCACUUGGACGAACUAGAGGGGCUCCUCAGCAGGACGACCACUUACAUGCUGCCAGGUGGCGCGCCGGCAGGCACCGGGAUGUGCGACCUGCCUGAUGAGGUGCUCAUUCUCAUCAUGGAGAAACUAGGGGCGGCGGAGCUGCAGCGGAUGGAGGCGGUGUGCCGCCACACGCGCGCGCUGGGGGCUGCGCUGUUCCCUAGCAUUACGCUGCCGCUGUUUCAGCACCAAAGAGCGGCGGCUCGUUGGAUGAUUGCAAGGGAGCGCAGCCCCAGUACUUUCUCCAACCCCCUCUUCCGGUGCCUCACCUCAGAGGACGGCUUUGCACUGUGGGUUAACCUGGUAACCGGAGAGGUUUCGGCAGAGGACCCUCCCCCGGUUUUGGACGGCAAGGGGGGACUGAUCUGCGACGAGCCGGGAAUGGGAAAGACUGCCACGUCACUGGCCGUCAUCAUGAAGACACGUGGGGUCAGGGCUGUCGGACCGUCAGAAUACCCCAAGUGGUUCUGCAAGUUCGAGGGCAUGGCAGACGGCCAGGCGGGUUACUACGUCCUCCCUGGAAACGCGCUUGUCCGCCACUCGGGUUCGGCCAACCGCAGCUCUAGGAGCCGUCAGUCCGUGAAGCUUGCACCGGAGACGCCCAAUGCCGAGCUGCCACGUGGCAGGCUCAUGUCGGACUUGAAGGCCGCCAGCGAGCCGGUCAUGGGGAAGAAGGAACGAGAGGAGCGGUCGGGUUUGGAAGGGGUUCGGCGGGCGUUGUUUUCUGAGGGGAAAGGCGGGGAAAGAAGGGAGAAGAAGACCGACGGGGCCGUCGACUUUGAAGAGGUUGGGCGGAUGGGGUUGGAAGCGGAGGUUGUGGGAAGUUUUGGACCGGGCUCGGAACCUCGAAAGCGGGGCAAGGAUGUGACCAAGUUUCCCUCGAUCUCUGGCGACGCGGUUCAGUCUGGUAGGGGGUUUGGUGCGCCUGCUGGUUCCUACCCCCUGAAAGAGGAGCCGUGCACCCCCCCUCGAAUCGCGAAGGAAGCAAUUGAGGCGGAGACGAGCGCAACAAAGAGGAGGCGAACGGAGUGUGCCGGACGGGACGAAGCCGGCGAACGGGUCCGGACGCCUGAAGGGUUGGUUCAAGAGCGGGUUGAGCAGCGGAAAACGAAGGGUUUGGGUUCCAAUGGGGUGGACGAAGGGUUCAAAAGCGUUCGGUUUUUGGACGACCUGGAUCAAGCUGGGGAGGAGGCGUGGCGGUGGGAUGACGUGGACGAGGGAUGUAAUCGUAUUCGUUCGAUGAGUGAGUUUAACGAUGGCUCGAAUGCGGAGGGGGGGGAGGAGUGGCGAUCGGACGGGGUUGACCAGGGUUUCAAGGCGGUGCGCUCUCUUUCGGCGGUGGUUAGCAGCGGGGUUAGGAAGGGUAACGUCAAACAUCAAAGGGGGGAGAGCAAUCCGACUGAGGCAAAGAGGUCAGGCAAAGAAAGGGCGCAGUGCAAAGAAGAGAGUGGUCAAAACGGUGGGUCGACGGCGGAGAUCGUUUUUGGCGAAGAGCCCGGAAUGUCAGGCCAGUGUUUUGGGGGGGCGAAGUCGGAAAAGGCUCGAGCGAAGCAAACAAAGCGAACAAAGCUCCGAGAGCUUGCCGAGGUGCUGCGGCGAAUGGAGUCCCUGGAGGAACGGAGGCGCCAGUUUGCGCGAAGUGGCCUGAGCAACGGGGGUCAGGGUUGCGGAACAGACCCGGAAUCUACCGAGCGGGGCACGGAAGCGAGUUCCGAAGGCGGAAGCGGCCUCCAGCAACGUGAAGGCGGGCUGUCGGGGAAUCACGCUGAGCGUGGGAUCGAUCCGGACAGCUGUCGGAGCUUUGGACGCUUUUUGGACGGUUCGGUCGGCCACGAAUGGAGCGUUGGGUGCGGGACUGCGGAGGCGGACACGGAGCGCUCCUCCCGUCUAAACGGCGGCUUCAACUCUCACGAUGUUGGCGGAAAGGGUAAUUCGUUCCCUGGUCUCGGGCAAUCGGAGCGAGCGCUUGACGAGUUGCCAAUAGACCUGCGUACUCCGGAGCGUCCCAACAACGCCCCCGAGUGUAGCCCGUCCCCUUUCGGGGGCCCAGAAGAAGAAGCGGUUUGGCAGCCUCGCACGCACACAGCCCCUAAAAGAUUCAAGAAAGGGGCAUCGCUGCUCGACUCUGCAGAAAGAGAAGGCGGAAGAAAGCCUCGUCACAGGCGGAGCAUUCUUUCGGAUAUUUCGGACGGUGAGUGGGGCGGUUCGGAUGCUGACCAGGGGCGUGCGGACGGUGACACGGGGAAUUUGGACGUUGCUCGGAAGAGCUUGGACCGUGGUCGCGACGAUCCGGACGCCGCUUGGGGUCGUUCGGACAUCGCUCGACAGAGCUCGGAGGGUAGGCAAGAAGAUCUGCACGCUCCUGAAAAGAGUUCGGACACUGCUCGGGGGUGGUUGGACGUGGCUCAGGGAGGUUUGGACACAGCCCGGGGGUCUUCGGACACUGCUCGAGGGAGUUUGGAAGCCGCUCGAGGGGGUUUGGACGCCGCUCGUGGGAGUUUGGACGCUGUUCCCAGGCGUUCGGACCCUUCCCCCGGACGUUCGGAGGUUGCCGCGGGGCGUUCGGACGCUGGCGCGGGGCGGUCGGAUAUCAAAGCAGAGCGUUUGGACGAAGGCGCGGCUUGUUCGGACGCUUUUGGAAAUGGUGCGGACGAUGAUGGGAAGGAAACGGACGCGGAGAGUGAGGGGCAGCUAGAGAGCGAGUGGGUGGAGUGUGAGGCAUGCCACAAAUGGCGGCGGCUGCCCCCUGGGUGCCCUCGUCCCCCUGAGGACAGCCCCUGGUUUUGCAGCAUGAACAAGGACCCGCUGCGACAGGACUGUAGCGCCCCGUCAGAGGACGUCGUGGAAAACGAGUGGUCGUCCUCGCACCCCGGUUUUGUCGCGCCGGGGGAUCCCCCCGGGUCUGCCGAGAACGUGGCGUACUUCCUCGAAAGCCUGCGCUCGCAGCUGUCGGCCCUCCAGAACUCCUGGCGAGCAGCACAGUGGCUGGCCGACCUCAAAUCGGAGGACCUGGAGAAACUCGCUGCGCCUACCGGUGUCAUGGUUCCUUACUACCGCCGUGACGCCAACGACCGGUACAUGGCAGUCUACCGUGCUCUGGGGCUGGAGCAAUGUCUCCGGAGGGAUCCCUUUCCGGCGGAAUGGGCUUGGGCGGAAGUCGAGGGGGAGAGCCCGAAACGGAAGCGGUGGGAAGAUGUGCAGCGGAAGAAGGCGGAGGCGGAGAGGGCACGGUCCCAUUUGUGGCGGUAUCCUAGGCAUAUCCGGUCUGGCUGGACCUUUGACACCGCUGCGCUGAAAGCGGCGCUCGCCACCCCUGUCGAAGACGCCAGGCGCAUCUACUUGUCCAAGGCCACUCUUGUGGUCGUCCCCAGCAACCUAAUCCAGCAUUGGCUGUCGCAAAUCCGGAAGCACCUCCCUCCCGGCCAGCUCAAGGUCCACGUGUGGGACGGAAACGAGGCCACGUCACCCUCCGCCCACAAGCUGGCCUGGGAGUAUGACGUCGUGCUGACGACAUUCAGCCGGCUGAGCGUCGAGUGGGCCAACAAGGUUGACAGCACGCUCAUGCACGUGCACUGGCUGAGACUCAUUCUGGACGAAGGGCACACGCUCGGUUCCUCGUUCCAGGUGACAAACAAGCUGCAAAUGACCAUUGCGCUGCGGGCGGACAUGCGCUGGGUGCUGACCGGAACACCGACGCCCAACACACCCAACAGCCAGGUCGCGCAUUUACAUCCGUUACUCAAGUUUCUGCACGAGGGGUGCUACGGCGAGCAGCAGAAGGUGUGGGAGGCAGCGAUCCAGAAGCCGUUUGAGGCGCAGCGCGAGGAGGGGCGACUGCGGCUGGAGGAGCUGCUGCGGCGCACCAUGAUUAGCGCGACCAAGGAGGACAUGAGGACCAUCCCGGAGUGCCACAGAAAGUUGGUGAUGUUGGAGUUCACUUCCGGCCACGCCAAGUCGUACAACGAGCUCGUCGGCACCGUGAAGCGCAACCUGCUGCUGGCCGACUGGAACGAUCCGAACCACGUGGAGAGCCUGCUCAACCCGAAGCAGUGGAAGCUCGCGCGCAACACUGUAGACAACGUGCGCAAGAGUUGCUGCGUUGCUGGGAACAUGAUGGUGGAAGAUACCCCAGGUGAAAUCGAGGAGACCAUGGAGUCCCUCACGGUUCCCCCCGCGAGAGCUGACCACAUCCGAUCCGCCCUCAAGAGCGGGGGCCAUUGUGACCGGUGCAGUGCCUGGAGUCGUCUGCCAUUCAUCACGCCCUGCGCGCACCUGCUCUGCAUUGCGUGCGUCAGCAUAAGCGCAACGCACUGCACCGUCGGGGAGUGCUACAAACCGUACAAGAUGCAGCUGAAAGGCUGGCGGCCGGAGAACCCCAGCCCGCGGGGCCCUGUUCCGCAAGACCUCAUCGAGCUGCAGCCGUCCUACACGCAGGCGGAGUGGAAUCCUGACUGGCAGAAUACCCAGAGCAGCAAGCUGUCGUACCUCAAGCGCUGCAUCCAAGAGAUGCUCGCCUCCAACGCCGCGCUGCUCGCAAAGGCCGCCACAGAGGAAAUUGAUCCAGUGCUCCCCCAGGGUGACGUCAGCGGAGGCGAAGGUGACGCGAGCGCCAGCUGGCAGCAGUUGAAGCCAACGAAAGCGCCAACGGUGUGGCCCACCGGUUCCGAUGCCGGUGCUUCUGGGGGAUCCCCCGAGCGGCGGCCGGAGAAGGCGAUUGUGUUUUCGGAGUUCCUGGAGUAUCUGACGCUGGUGGAAGCACAGCUGGCCGCUGCGGGCAUUGAGAGCGCAGCAAUGUACAGCCCCAAAACGCAAGGCAUGAAGAUGCACGCCCUGAGGCGCUUCAUCGAGUCGCCCACGUGUUGCGUUCUGGUGAUGGACUCGACCGCGGCGGUGGGUUUGGAUCUGAGCUUCGUCAGCCGGGUCUACCUCAUGGAGCCCAUCUGGGACAAGAGCCUCGAGGAGCAGAUUGUGAGUCGUGCCUGGCGCAUGGGCGCAACCCGCCCGGUUAUGGUGGAGACUCUCGCGAUGAGAGGCACCAUCGAAGAGGAGAUGGUCCAAGUGCUGCAGAGUCAGGAGGAAUACAGCGGGAAGAGCCACCGGGAGACCCAGGAGCUGAACGCGCGUAUCUCGUGCCUCUCCCGGCUGAGCCCGGUCGGGUUGCCGGACAGUCGGAAAUAGCGGCGUUAAACUUGCCCCACGGGACUCGCUGACUCGACCGAAUCGAGUACAGGCAACAAGUCAGUAGGUAUUACAGACAAGGGCUCCUAUGUGGAUAUCAUGACAACUACGCUUGCUCAAAACAGUUCGAUUGUGUGUAGUGUUGAAUGUCGGCCGCGCAGCAGUGUCCUGAGGCAAGGAAGCGUCUUAGAAUAUCCAACC